GGGAGAUUUACUGAUGCAAUAGAGUGUUUGGAGGUUAUGAAGUCUGCAGGCAUGAAGCCAUCCCCGACGAUGUACAAUGCCCUAAUUAAUGCCUAUGCACAAAGAGGUUUGUCAGAGCAAGCACUGAACGCGUUUAGGGUAAUGAGAGCAGAUGGAUUAAAACCCAGUCCCUUGGCUCUCAAUUCGUUAAUCAACGCAUUUGGUGAAGAUAGAAGGGAUACUGAGGCCUUUUCUGUGUUGCAGUACAUGAAGGAAAAUGACCUGAAACCAGAUGUAGUUACGUAUACUACACUUAUGAAAACCCUUAUCCGUGUUGAUAAAUUUUGUAAGGUUCCAGCGGUGUAUGAAGAAAUGAUUAUGUCUGGCUGCACUCCAGAUAGGAAAGCGAGGGCAAUGUUACGGUCUGCGCUGAAAUACAUGAAACAGACACUCAGAUCCUAAAUGACAUGAUUUGAGUCAUACAGCCACAGUUAAAUGUGUUCACCUAUUAUUUUGGUCUAGUCAGGUCUGGUACGAAGGAAUGAUGAUUCGCACUGGCCAUCGUGCAAGAGUAUCCAAUAUCAAGGGCAAUCGUGUUCCGGAGUAUGGGAACAAUGACACUGAGCACACCCUAGUGACAGACACAAGAACAGCUGAAGAAAUACACCCCCAUCACCAUUAGCAUUACCAUUACCAUUACCUCACUCAAAUUUUGGGUUGUAAUUGUUUUCCAUAAGCAC